AUGCUGCAGGACCCACUUAAAAAGCUGCUAGAGCAGGCGGUCAGGAUUGGUCGAGCGAGUGCAGGCGUGGGUGGCAUUGGUCAAGCCAGUGUGGGAGCAAGUGGGACUGGUCAAGCCAGUGUAGAAUCAGGAGGGAAUGAUCAAGCCAGUGUGGGAGUGGGUGGGUCUGGUCAAGCCAGUGUGGGAGCAGGUGGGACUGAUCAAGUCAGUGUAGAAUCGGGUGGGAAUGAUCAAGCCAGUGUGGGAUCGGGUGGGACUGAUCAAGCCAGUGUGGGAUCGGGUGGGACUGAUCAAGCCAGUGUGGGAUCGGGUGGGACUGAUCAAGCCAGUGUGGGAGCGGUUGGGACUGAUCAAGCCAGUGUGGGAUCGGGUGGGACUGAUCAAGCCAGUGUGGGAGCGGUUGGGACUGAUCAAGCCAGUGUGGGAGCAGGUGAGACUGAUCAAGCCAGUGUGGGAGUGGUUGGGACUGAUCAAGCCAGUGUGGAAGCGGUUGGGACUGAUCAAGCCAGUGUGGGAUCGGGUGGGACUGAUCAAGCCAGUGUGGGAGCAGGUGGGACUGAUCAAGCCAAUGUAGAAUCGGGUGGGACUGAUCGAGCCAGUGUGGGAGCAGGUGGGACUGAUCAAGCCAGUGUGGGAUCGGGUGGGACUGAUCAAGCCAGUGUGGGAGCGGGUGGGACUGAUCGAGCCAGUGUGGGAGCGGGUGGGACUGAUCGAGCCAGUGUGGGAGCGGGUGGGACUGAUCAAGCCAGUGUGGGAUCGGGUGGGACUGAUCAAGCCAGUGUGGGAGCGGUUGGGACUGAUCAAGCCAGUGUGGGAGCGGUUGGGACUGAUCAAGCCAGUGUGGAAGCGGUUGGGACUGAUCAAGCCAGUGUGGGAGCGGUUGGGACUGAUCAAGCCAGUGUGGGAGCGGGUGGGACUGAUCAAGCCAGUGUAGAAUCGGGUGGGACUGAUCGAGCCAGUGUGGGAGCAGGUGGGACUGAUCAAGCCAGUGUGGGAUCGGGUGGGACUGAUCGAGCCAGUGUGGGAGCAGGUGGGACUGAUCGAGCCAGUGUGGGAGCGGGUGGGACUGAUCGAGCCAGUGUGGGAGCAGGUGGGACUGAUCGAGCCAGUGUAGAAUCGGGUAGGACUGAUCAAGCCAGUGUGGGAGCAGGUGGGACUGAUCGAGCCAGUGUAGAAUCGGGUAGGACUGAUCAAGCCAGUGUGGGAGCAGGUGGGACUGAUCGAGCCAGUGUGGGAGCGGGUGGGACUGAUCGAGCCAGUGUGGGAGCAGGUGGGACUGAUCGAGCCAGUGUAGAAUCGGGUAGGACUGAUCGAGCCAGUGUGGGAGCAGGUGGGACUGAUCGAGCCAGUGUGGGAGCGGGUGGGACUGAUCGAGCCAGUGUGGGAGCAGGUGGGACUGAUCGAGCCAGUGUAGAAUCGGGUAGGACUGAUCAAGCCAGUGUGGGAGCAGGUGGGACUGGUCAAGCCAGUGUAGAAUCAGGAGGGAAUGAUCAAGCCAGUGUGCGAGCGGGUGGGACUGAUCAAGCCAGUGUGGGAGCAGGUGGGACUGGUCAAGCCAGUGUAGAAUCAGGAGGGAAUGAUCAAGCCAGUGUGCGAGCGGGUGGGACUGAUCGAGCCAGUGUAGAAUCAGGAGGGAAUGAUCAAGCCAGUGUGGGAGUGGGUGGAACUGAUCGAGCCAGUGUGGGAGCGGGUGGGACUGAUCGAGCCAGUGUGGAAGCGGGUGGGACUGAUCAAGCCAGUGUGGGAGCAGGCAGCAUUGGUCAAGCAAAUGCUGAACAGGCAGGACUGCUCAAACAUGCGGAAGUGGUAUUUUAA